UUAGAAGACUGCUAAAGUACAUGUUUUUCCGAGACUACAAAUCAAAGAUUGUCAAAGGCAUCGACAAGGAUGAUCUUCUGGAAGACAAAUUGAGUGGCAGUAAUAAUGUGAACAAAAGAUAAAAAGCUCAAGACUUUCUCAACUCUAUUGACCAAACAGGAGAAUUCUUGGCAAUGUUUGAAGAUGAUGAAAUUGAUGAAGUUAAACAAGAAAGAAUGGAGAGAGCAGAAAGACAAACUCGAAUUAUGGAUUCAGCUCAAUACGCAGAAUUCUGUGAAAGCAGACAAUUAAGUUUCUCCAGAAAAGCCUCCAAAUUUCGAGACUGGUUGGACUGCAGCAGUAUGGAGAUAAAGCCCAAUGUUGUCGCUAUGGAAAUUUUAGCAUAUUUAGCGUACGAAACUGUGGCACAGUUAGUGGACCUGGCUCUUCUCAUGAGGCAGGACGUGGUAACCAAGGCAGGAGACCCCUUCAGCCAUGCCAUUUCUGCCACCUUCAUUCAGUAUCACAGCUCUGCUGAGGGAUCUUGCCUGAGGUCCUACCCAGACUCUCCUGAGAACACACCUCCUCCUACACCAAGCGCUCCAUCAUCUGGAUCACAGCUCUCAGGGAGAACCACAUGAGGAUCCCUAGGGAAUGGGAGUGCUAGACAAGACUCAGCUAAAACCAAACGAAGGAAAAGAAAAAAGAGCAUCGCGGCCUGUGGUGUUGAGGCUCACAUCAAUGCCAUCCAGCCCUGACACAUCAGAGAGGCCGUUCAACGCUACGGCCACAAGACUGGCCCCCUUUCCACAUUCACAAGUGCCUACCGCAGGAAUGGGAUGGCUUUUCUGGCCUGCUGAUGUGACUGUGACUGCGACAACAGGAAAGGCAAUGUUAUAGUAAGGUGAUUUCUGUUCCCCUCCUUGGGCAAA